CAAAAUUGGCGUCAUCAAAUCUAGUUUGAAAAACAAAAUGGCGCUUGUUGGACAACAGUAAAUACUAGCAUCUGCCUAGUCUUCGUUUUAAUGUCCUGAUUUCGCUUAAGAGUUUUACAUUAUUAGCGGAAAAUGAAGUCGGAUGUUGAGGAGUUAAUGCCAAGGCUGCUUCCGGUGGAGUUAGGACAAGACACCGAGCACGUAGACCUCAGCGGUCCACCGAGGAACCCCCAGGAGUACUUGCGACAGGUCCAGUUGGAAGCGUCCAUGUGUCCAGAGGUGGUGGUUGCUCAAAUUGACCCUAAGAAACUAAAGAAGAAGCAAACAGUCCAUGUAUCUGUAGCUGGGUGCCACGCUCCCCCAGUAGGUUUCUCCCCCAGCCUUCACUGGCAACAACAACAAGUCAGUAAUUUUUCUGACGUGAGACGGAGCAUCACCAAGAAUAGAAAACAUUGGAGCAGCCAGACUCUGGAUAAUAAUGUACGCAUGCCAAACCUUACAGAUGAGGAGGGCUGGAAGAAGUUUUGUUUAGGAGAGAGGAUCUACUUGGGCGCAUCAGCCUGCCCCACAGAUGCAAAACCAGAGGCAGAACUGGACUAUAGCAAGGUUGGGUUUCCUCCAUUCUUAACCAUCGUAUGCAGACUAAACCAGUCGACGGCUCUGAUGGUGCUGGACGUUCUUAUUAGCUGGUUUGAAGAGCAUGAACUAGUCCCUCAGUUGGGUUGCUGGUUGUAUGCUUUGUUGGCCUGCUUGGAGAAGCCAUUGCUGCCUGAAGCACACUCCUCCAUCCGCCAGCUGGCGAGAAGAUGUGCCCAACUCCGCAGCACUCUGGAAAGCCAGGAUGACGACAGACUCGCUCACCUCAACCUCCUCAUCUGUCUGGCUGCCAGGUACUUUGAACAAAAUGAUUUGGCAGACCAGGAGUGAAGCUCUGAAGUAUUUAGCCGUUUUUAUGGACUGGCAUCUCUUGUGGUGAUGAACUCAAUUUUCCAAGAAAGGUUGGAGAAGAACUAUGGGUAAAGGAACGCUUACUAAAAUGUUUUCUUUCAA